AGUUCUCCUGGCUCCCAGUAGGAGGCGGAGAGCCAAGGGGCGUGCAAGAGCGAGGGGGCUGGGCUCCCGGGUGGCAGGAGGCCGUAGCUGCGGAGCGGCCGCCCUCGAUCCGGGCGAUGGAAGAGGAAACAAGCGAGGGGGCCGGUUCCUGAGCUUCGUAAUUCCUGUGUCGCCUUCUGGGCUCGCAGCCUGCCGGGUCGCAUGAUCCCUCAAACCGGAGCUGUUUUUUUUUUUUGCAAGCCGCCGCGAGGCCGGCUGAGUUACCGGCAUCCCGGCUGCCACCUCCUCUCCCGACCUAUGAUACAAAAGAUCUUCCGGGGGCUGCACCUGCCUGCCGUCGCCUGAGACGGAUUUGAAUCUCUUUCUCUCCCUUCAGAACCUUAUCUUGGCUUUGGAUCGCAGAAGAAGACCACUAAGCAGAGACCAGACUCAGUGAGUGAGCAGGUGUUUUGGACAAUGGACUGGUCGAGCCUAUCCCUAUUAUAAAAAUGUCUCAGAGCAACCGGGAGCUGGUUGUUGACUUUCUCUCCUACAAGCUUUCCCAGAAAGGAUACAGCUGGAGUCAGUUUAGUGAUGUGGAAGAGAACAGAACUGAGGCCCCAGAAGGGCCUGAAUCAGAGAUGGAAACCCCCAGUGCCAUCAAUGGCAACCCAUCCUGGCACCUGGCGGACAGCCCUGCAUUGAACGGAGCCACUGGCCACAGCAGCAGCUUGGAUGCCCGGGAGGUGAUCCCCUUGGCAGCAGUGAAGCAAGCACUGAGGGAGGCUGGCGAUGAGUUUGAACUAAGGUACCGGCGGGCAUUCAGUGACCUGACAUCCCAGCUCCACAUCACCCCAGGGACAGCAUAUCAGAGUUUUGAGCAGGUAGUGAACGAACUCUUCCGGGAUGGGGUGAACUGGGGUCGCAUUGUGGCCUUUUUCUCCUUCGGUGGGGCGCUAUGCGUGGAAAGCGUAGACAAGGAGAUGCAGGUAUUGGUGAGUCGGAUCGCAAAUUGGAUGGCUACUUACCUGAAUGACCACCUAGAGCCUUGGAUCCAGGAGAACGGCGGCUGGGACACUUUUGUGGAACUCUAUGGGAACAAUGCGGCAGCCGAGAGCCGGAAGGGCCAGGAACGCUUCAACCGCUGGUUGCUGACGGGCAUGACUGUGGCCGGCGUGGUUCUGCUGGGCUCGCUCUUCAGUCGGAAAUGACCAGACACUGACCACCCACUCACUCUUCUACCCUCUCCUGCCCCCACCACAUCCUCCAUCCAGCCACCAUUGCCACCAGGAGAACCACUACACGCAGCCCACAGCCACCUAUCCACCCAUCACAGGGUUGGGCCUAGACCUGGUCCCUAGCAAUUAGUUUUCUAGAAUAUACCAUGCUUCUGUGAGAGCCGUCCUCCCCCACACUUCAGUUCUCCUGUCCUCAAAACCCACAGUUUCCCCCAAAUCUGCCCCGUGGAAGCUGGCAGGCGUGGGGUUAGUGGCUGGAGGCUGGAGGGCCCUACCUGAUUGGUGGAACCCCCCUUAACCCUUAGCUACCCCAAGAAUGCUUUCCUGCCAGGGAGCUGGAGAGUUCUCUGACCUUUUUCCCCAGAAAGAGAGACUAGAUUGCCUUCGUUUUGAUGUUUGUGGCCUCAGAAUUGAUCACUUCCUAUCCCCCACCCCAGGUCCUGGGUCCCCUUCCUUUUAUCCCCACUCCCCAAAGCCACUUAGGGGCCACUUCUGACUAUAUUAGGGCUUCAGGCUGCUUAGAAUAAAGAGACAAGGAUCAGAAGUCUCCUCAUCUCUGACCUGGCCAAAGGCCCCUCCCCAGUCCCAGUCUCCUCCAGGGGCCUCCGGCUAGAGGCCAGCCCCCCACCCCCCAGGGCAGGGGCUUUAGCUGCAGGAAGCACCCCAGCCAAAGCCUGGGUGGCCCUUGCAGUUCAGCACCAUCCCAGUGCCACCACCACCCCCUCCCCUGGCUCCCAUGAUCUCCACUGAGGGACCAACUGGGCCCAAGACAGGUGCCCUAGAGCUGUUUAUGGCCUCAGCUGCCUCACUUCCUGCAGGAGAUCAGCCUGUGGCAUCUUUGCCUUGGGCUGCUUGCCCAUGGGAUCCAGGGGUUUAGGGGGACUUGGCCCACAGGUGAAGAGAGCUACAGGGAGCAGCUGUGGAAGCCCCAGGGU